GAUACACGGGCUCCCUAGUCCUCAUUCAACACUGAAUAGGGCGGCACGUUGAGAUACUUGGUUUUUAUUUCUUGGAACCUAAGGACUUGGAACGGCCAUACCAAUUCACAAUGCUGGCAACAACCACCUCGUACUAAUCAUAGCAUUUCUCGUGACAUGUUUUGGCGAGGGAAGUUCAUGCCCACAUUUGGUACGCCCUUUUCAGCCGUGACGUAGCCAGAGUUCUCCUCUCCUGGUAUGGUAUACCUAGAAAACUUGCGCGUGUAGUAUAGCGCCUCUGUCUGUGGUUGGGACGGCAGUGCUUAGCAGUGCCUUUUCUCUUGUUAAGUUACUCACUCUGCUGGUACUUUUUGGCGUGGUCCGCGCAUGGCCGGUAGCUGCUGGGACAAGCAGGGAAUGAGUUAGUUGUCAGGGUGGUUUUAUCCAGGUCACUUGGUCAUCUGAGUUGUUUUACUCCACAAUUUUUGACAGCUCUUUUAAUACUAUAGACUAAUCCUCUUUGCCAGUUCGAUACUAUUGAGGAAGCGAUGGAAGAUACUUCAGGAUUUCAACGCAAUUUGGUAUGCAUUCAGUAUCCAGGAAUAGUUGUAAAUGAGUCUAAUAUGCUGCGAACUUUAGGAGGAAUACAAAAUAUAUCUACUGCUUAUUGCGAGAAGAAUCGACGUCUUGAAUUGAGAUUUCGUCCUGAUGAUGUGUACUGCAAACCUACAUGUGGAGAAAAACAUAACAAAUUGUCAUUGCUAGUAAAAGUCAAAAUAAGAAGAAAAAAACACUCCUCAAUUUCUUCAGAACCAACUACUUCAUCAUCUGCAUCCGAUAUUAUAAGUGCAGAACUCUCAGUACUUGGUAAAGUGACUACUACAUUUACAUUUAAAAAUUUGUGUGACUUCCAAUACCUCCCUAUAGGAAGAGAUGCUUCUGGAACAAUGCAGAAUAUUUAUGACUCUCUUGUCCCUAACGGCAUUCCCUCAUCAGAUUGGCUGAAGCAGAGAGCCAUGCUCUUUCUACCUCCCGCAGUAUUCUCACGCAUGGACUCCAUGCAGAUGUACCUGUAUCGCAAGGAGGCAACAGAUCAAGCAAAGUCUACUCCGGCUAAUAUAAUUGGCCGAACUCGGCGCCGUCGGUCAGGACAUGCCAUAUUCGUUACUUAUGACAUACCAAAAUCCCCAGCAAAACCACGAGAAGUUGCAUUACGGUACUUGCGUUUGAAGUUUCUUAGUGAGGCUCAUCUCAAGAAAAUUGAAAAGCUUUUCUCAAUGCGUCCAAUAUGGUCCAAAAAUGCCUUGAUGUUUCACACAAAAUAUACAAGUGACCAACUGAAGUUCUUACUGCCAGCAGUAGCAUACUAUUUUGUGACAGGCCCAUGGAGAAUAAUGUGGGUACGUUUUGGAUAUGACCCUAGAAAAGAUCCCAGUUCACGAAAAUACCAGACUCUUGACUACAGGUUGAGAAUUUCAGGAGGUCUGAAGACAAAAGUAAAGGCAAAAAGAAGCUACUGCAACUACUUGUUGCCUUACAAAUCCAGUCCUUCGUGUCGACCUAAAACAGCUGUAAUUACCAAAGAACUUGUACAAAAUAAAAAUGUGAAAAAGAAACAUAGUACAGAUUACAAAGAAAACAUGUACGUGUUUCGACCAGGCAUGGUACCACCUUCUCGACAAAUGUUCUACCAGUAUUGUGAUGUGUACGUUCCUGAAAUUCAAGAGAUGAUUAUCAAAUUGCCUCCUCCCGCUCCAGACGCAGUUUGCCAUGAAAAACAUGGUUGGAUGCCAAGUGGUCUGGAUGAUCAGUGUCGAGAAAUUUUGAAUAGGCUUGUCACAGAGGUUUUAAGAAAGGAAAUGACUCAGGAUCUACAGAAAACAUAAAUGAUGAAUUUCUGUUCUCUUCACAGUGUUGAUGUGAUUGUUCUUAACAGUUCUCUUCACAGUGUUGAUGUG